AUGAAUGAAUUGCAAAACUCGAUGAAAUUCGUAAUUGAUAGUUGUGUGCAAACACUGCAAACGAUAAAUAAACAACAAGAACAGUUGAAUGCACUGUUGAGAAUCAAUUCCAUUGAUGGCGGGCAAGUAAAUUCAACUCGGAGUGAAAUUGAACGUUUACGCAACGAUAUCUCAACUGUUAAAUCACUUCUAUUGAAUCAAAAUCAGUUCGCUGCAAUACCCAAUGGUACUCUCCAUCCCACUAGAAAUCACCUCAAUAACACUACCAAUAAUACUGAUAACAUCAACUUCAAACCCGUAGCGUUACCGUCAUGGCAAAGACCAAAGAAUGCAGAGCAAAAUCAGUGCUCAACACAAAGUCCCAACAGUUUUGGAGCAUCAGGAGAUGAUGUGAAUGCGGUAUCUCGUAAGAAAGAUUCAGCAUCUGAUAUCGAUAGUGACAAGGAGUUCGAACGUUUGAAUGUGAAUGGAUCAUCGGCUUGA